AAGGUGGAAAUGCGUCCUUCGUCUGUGGUAUCAAUUUUAUAGUUAAUCAGGAAUUAGAGCAGGUUUUAAUUCCUUUAACUUUUCCCGAGAUACUGCUGGGCUAAAUAAGUCUGGAUCCUCCCAAGUCUCCAACUUAGGCAGAAUAGGGCAAAACGUCGGUCUCCACCCUCAAUCUCGCCAACUGGCCGCCGGAGGGCGAUAGAAAGACAACAAAAUAACCAGGAGACCCAAAUCAUCAAAUGUACAUUGAAUAUCAGCUAUUGGAGCCAGCUAUUCUUGGUAGCCUUCAAGGUUGUAUUUUCCCGUGUUUCUUACUGACUUCGCAAUGGUACAAAUAAAUAUUUCGAUGUAUCCCAAGUCAAAGCCUACGCCUGAGCAGCACAUGCUCCCUUAGUUAUUUAUUGUGAGUUUAAUUAUCGUCACAAUGUGAGAGAUGUCAUGUAUUUGGUGAUGUUUAAAAAUGGAUGAUCUGGCACUAUCUUUCAUCAUUACGCAUUACCGUUUAUUAUUGUUUUUAGUUAGAAAAUUAAAGAUACUUUGGGCUCAGCUGUUUGUUGUACGUAAUGGGUCCCGAAUAUUCUAUUUUGUAUUGUCUCUUUAAAGUUGCUCGACGUUUUUAUAAUGAUUGUGGUUUUCAUGUGGUUUCCUGUUUAGUGUAGCGUGGGCGGGGUCACGUCAGUCGGCUUUGCAUAAGUAAAUAUCCAAGGUCUGGAAGAGGGAAAUAGUGGUGGGGAAUCUAUUGCAGCAUUUACUUUAAACGUUGGCUAAUCACAGGCAUGUCGUUCAUUGUUGGGACUUGAUUCACAAUUCAAAACUUUUUAUGUUUUAAAUACUGCAUUAGUGGAUUUAAUGAACGGGGGAGAAUAUAAACGACAGCAACGCCGAAAUAGAACAGGGAAGCAACUGUGAGGAAUUUACGCGGUGUGUGAAAAACUUGAGAUUGCAGGUUUUUUGCAAUCCCGGAUUGCUUUGUUUUCAACAAAAUUUGUUUAAUUUUGGUUGGUUUUUUAACGCUAAUAAAACAUUCGCCUUUGCAACUGGCGUUGCCAAGUUUUGUAAGAUGGGCAAGAAUGAUCAGUCACCUAAGGCUGGGAAAAGUAAGAAAGAAAUGAUGCCAACAUCAAAUCCUACAUUAUGCUUAAGGACACUGACAACAGUAGUCAGCUUACUGUUAUCAGUCAUUUCUGUUGUGUUUUGCCUGUUUCUAAAUGUUAAAACUGCGAGGUUGCAAGAUAGAGUAAAGCUGUUGGAAAAUCAAAAAGGAAGCUUUUCAUUGCAAGCAGUGCGGGAGAUUUUAUGGGACGAUGCAAAUUUACUGCCCUUACUGCAGAAAAGAAUCGACGAACUUCAAGAGGAAUUGACUGAUGGAGUUGCAAAAAUCAGAACAGUUAGAGAAGCUACAUCUGAAUGUCUCUGUCCACCUGGCCCUCCAGGAAAGCGUGGCAAACCGGGAAGAAAAGGAGUCAAUGGAAUUCCUGGGCCACCAGGAAGAGAUGGUUAUCCGGGCCCCCUUGGAUUGGAUGGAAAGCCAGGCCAACCUGGACCAAAAGGAGAAAAGGGUGAUCAAGGCAAUCCUGGACCAUCAGGUCUUGGUGGUCCUGUGGGUCCAACAGGACCCCGAGGAGAUCCAGGGAAGGAUGGUGUCCGUGGACCUCCAGGUGCAACUGGAGAAAAAGGUAUUGCAGGUCCUCCAGGAUUACGGGGGUCAAUGGGAUUAAAGGGUGAACCUGGCGAGAAGGGUGAAAAGGGACGCCCAGGACUGAAUGGUCAAAAAGGUGAACAAGGAACAACGGAGAUAAUAGACUACGAUGGAAAAAUCCAAGAGGCUCUACAGGGUUUAAUUGGGCCUAAAGGAGAAUCCGGAGUCCCAGGAAUUCCAGGACAGAAAGGUGAAAAAGGAGAAAUCGGUUUCUCUGGUCCACCUGGUGAACCAGGAUUGAAUGGCAGUAAAGGUGAAAAGGGUGAUGGCAGUAGAAAAGGUGAUAGAGGUUUACCUGGCAUACAGGGAAAUCCUGGUUCCAUGGGUCUUAUAGGUCUACCUGGUCAAAAGGGAGAAAAGGGUAAACCUGGUGAAUCGGGGUUAGAUGGUUUUCCAGGACUGAGGGGGCUGAAGGGAGACAGAGGUGACAAAGGAGAUAAGGGAGAGAGAAGUUAUCCAGGUAAAAAAGGAAGCAAGGGACAAAAGGGAGAACAAGGUCCCCCUGGAUUAGAUCAACCUUGUCCAGUGGGCCCAGAUGGCCUGCCAAUUCCAGGAUGUUGGCACAAGUGAUUACUAACCAACAAGCAAGAAGUAUGUAGAUAAUGAUGUAUUUUGUGCUUCAACACAUUGUAAAGAAACUCCACUGUUAAUAUAUUAAGCCUUGCAUAUCUGAUGAGGAUGGAGGUGUAUGGAAUGAAAUAUUAUUCCUGAAUUUAGACCAGAAGUCUCGACUUAAAGAUAACUAAUUAAGUGUCAGCUGUGGAACUGGAUUACGCUGAUAGCUACACUGCUAUUGCACGUUACCUGAGAUGUAACCUUGUCAACUCAUAAAUUGAUUUUAUAUAUGGUCUGACUCGUUUUAUUUUGAGUUGUAUAUUAUUCUAAUGAACCUUAAACAUUUAUCCAUUUUAAUCAAAUGGGGAGGAAAGCAAUGUAAUUUGCCUCCAAGUUAAGAAGAAAACCAGACAAUCCCAUUUGUGAAAAUGGCUGUUUCGUAGGU